GCUACACAGUACUGUAUGAUCCGCAAUGGAAAAAAAUCAGCUCGCCUCAGUCUCUGUUUCACGCCCGCUUCCGACCCCGCAAGAAUCAAACAAAUGUCCCUCUCGACGCUCGCAUCGGUCAAGGCGACCCUCGAUGUGCUGCUCGCCUCGGCCAAUUCCACGCCUGCCGUGGCGGAUCUCCUGGCCAUCGUGAAGGGCUUCCGGAACGGCCUCGUCUAUGGCGCCAAAAUCCGCGCGCCGCACGCGUUCGUGAUGACCUUCCUGUUUGGCCGCGGCAGUCUGAAAAACAAGGCAACCGCAAUCUUCAAAGCAACGUACACGCACUCGCGUAACUUGUCCACGUUCGUGCUGAUUUACAAGUCGCUGCUCGCUGUGCUGAAGCGAUUGCAAGGAGUUCGGCACACAACGCAUCCGUUCAUUGCCGCUUUUAUUGGCGGAUGGUAUGUGUUUGGUGAGAACAACAACAUUAACAGCCAGAUCAACAUGUACUUGCUAUCUCGCAUUAUUUUCGGACUGGCAAAGCUGGCCGUCGAGAAGGGAUACAUUCCCAAGCCCCAAAAUGACCCGUUCCCGCUCUUUGCCGCAUUGGUCUGGGGUAUCGUCCUCUGGCUGUUUGAGCAAGAAAAGCACACUUUGCAGCCGUCGCUGCAGGCCAGCAUGACCUAUCUUUACCACGAUUCCAAUCACUGGACCAACCUCAAGAACUUUUUGUGGCACAACAAGUGAACUUGAUUUCUUUUGUGUUUUGUUUUUCGACAAUAUUCUAAAUACACACCAUCACAGCAAUGUCCUCCACGCGUGACGCCAUUUGCUGGGUGCUAUAGCAGCC